AAAAAAAAGACGGAGGGGAAGCACAGUAGAUUCCCUUCCCUUCCUCUCCCAGGGCUUCAACCCUCUCUCCCCUCACCCACCUCGCCUUCCCACAAUCCCACCUGUCCGUCUCCCUCCCUGCUUCCUCGCCCCCUCCUCCUCCUCUCCCGGCCGACUCGGAGGGAGAGGGAGUCCUGCGCGUAAGCGCCCCGCCCGGAGAGAAAUCUUUUCCUUUGCGCCUUCCGUUCGCCUCUCCUGUCGCUGGUUUCCCAGAGCGCCGCCGCCGCCUCCCGCCGCGGACUCUUCUUGGAGUAACUCUUAAGAAAUUUUCUGGGUUUUCGUUGAGAAAAAUCGGCGCAAGACUGCAAUUGCGGUCAGCGUUCGGUUCAUGGAAGGAUUCUUGCUAAGCCUGAAUCCCUUCCGGUUCAAGCCGCUCUGGCCGGCGAGGACUCCCCCCAAAUCCGUCUGAAGCCCUAGGAAUCCUCCUCCCGUCCCGGGAUUCGGAGAAAUCCCCGGCCGCCGUUCCCCAACCCUUCCUUUUCUUGGUUAAUCUGAAGUUUCCCGUGAAAUUCUUGUGCUCUCCGAGGUUUCUGAAAAAGACCAGGUUUCCCUUCCUUCCCCCGAGAACCAGCCCUAAAGUCGUCUCCGCCUUCCAAGACCUUCCUGAUAAGGACAUGAGCUUUUUGCGGAAGGACCCUUCGUCUGCGUAGUGCCCCUUUCUGGCGUCCUCGUUCGUGGCAUCGUUGCAAACAAGGAUGGCGAGGGAGGACGGCCCGGAGUUCGUGAGGUGGAGGGAGGAGUUCCUGUCGCAGGAGAGGGGCAGCCGCGUAGUGCAUUACUACCUCGAGGACGCGGCCGGCGGGUCGCACCUCGCCGUCAUCGGCACGGAGAGGAGCCUGCGCCACAUGCUCUACGUGGUCUCGGAGGACUUCCGCAGGGCGCAGGGGUGCGGCGGUGCUGACGGCGGGCCAGCGCUGUUCGCGCGCAAGUGGCGGUCGCGCCGUGAGGUGGUGGAUUGGCUUACCUCCUUCAUUCCGGAGAAGACUCUUGCCUCAAAAUAUUUAAAAUAUGGACCUUAUGUGGAUAAUGACAUUGGGUUAGAUGGAUAUGGUGAAACUGAAAGCUUUGUGCACCAAAAUCUGGGGAAAACCUGCAGCUCAGACAUUACAUGGUCUGGUUCUUUCUGGACUUGUGGCAAGCAGCUUCGUCAUUAUCAAGCUUUUUGUCGCAAUGGAACCACGAUAUCCACCCACUCUUUUGUGCUUGUCUUGUCUGAGGAAGAAAGUCGCUAUCUUGCAUACUUGGAAGACUUGUAUGAAGAUAAAAAGGGACAGAAGAAGGUUAGAGUGCGAUGGUUUCAUCAAAACCAGGAAUUUGCUUGUGCUAUACCUCCUCCUCCCCCUCAUCCUUGUGAAGUUUUCAUCACUCAUUUUACGCAAGUAAUCAGUGUGGAGUGCGUUGAUGAUAUAGCAACAGUUUUAACUCCUGAUCAUUAUGAAAAAUGUUCCAAUGCACUGCCAAGUUCUUCUUUGGUUGGGAUCCGUUUCUGCUUUCGCCAGUAUAGUAAAAAUAAGUUCAAGCAUUUUGACUUGAGAACAUUGCGUGGAUAUUUUAGUCAAGCUGCUGUUCUGUCCUUGAAAAUUUCAGCCGAACCAGAAAAGGACGGUGAAUAUUGUACACCUGGGAAAAUUAAGUUUCCAAAGCAGUUUGAGAGGCUUUAUUCAAAAUGUUUGGGUACUAAAAUCUGUCGAGGCCCGCAAGCAGACUCAGUACCCUCUUAUCAGAAAUUAAGUAAUAAACAAUCUCCUGUGAAGCAUCUCUCGACCAAGUUUAUGGGGCCCCAGAAUCAGUUAAUGCCAACAUACAGUUCUGGUGACAGAAUAGAGAUCUUGUCUCAGGAUAGUGGUAUCAUUGGCUGCUGGUUCAGGUGUACUGUUCUGAAGUCAUGUACUAAUCAUAACAAACUGAAGGUUCAAUAUGAUGAUCUCCAAAAUGCUGAUGAAAGUGGAAGAUUGGAGGAGAUGGUACCUGCCUCCACAUUGGCUCUUCCUGAUAAACUGGGACUGAGAUGCCCAGACCGGCUAAGAAUCAGGCCACGUCCUCAACAAAAUAGUUCUGUUGAUGGUGCUUCUCUUUUACCUGGGACUGCUGUUGAUGUCUGGCAAUUUAGCGGUUGGUGGGAAGGAGUUGUCGCCAGUUUGGACAACACUGCAGCCGAUAGCCUGCAAAUAUAUUUUCCAGGAGAGAACUUUUUUGGGGUAUGCCAGCUAAAGAAUGUAAGAAUCUCAAAAGAUUGGGUCAAGAACCAAUGGAUUGAUAUUGAAACAAAGACAGAUGUGUUGUCAAGAAUACCUUCAGAUUGUGUCCGAACAAAGCCACCUGAUACUGUGUCAUCCGUUGGGAUGCUGGACUCUAGCAGUUCUGCAGUGCCUGACCAAGAGCUUGCAGCUAUCCCAGCAAGCUCCAGUGGAGAUAAACAAGCAGAAGCUAGUAAGCAAACUGAGGUUAGUUUGACUGAUAAGACUAUUGCUUUUGUGGAGGAUGAGAAAGAAACAAUUCUAGGGAAGCGUCCGAGAGAUGAUGAUGAUGAUUCUGAACUGGACUGCAAUGGGGAUGAGAAACAAACAACUGAGGUUGGCGAGACAUGAAGGGAUGCCCCAACCUUAGAUUCAUGUACAUAGCUAUAGAUAUGGUAAUUGAAUCCCAUUGGAGGGUUUUUACUAGGUUGCUAUAUCAGAGAGUAUUGUCGUCUCUGUCUUACACGAACCUUUCCUAGUUUUUUUAUUUUGCUGGUAGUUGUGUUGUUUAUGUUACCAGACACACGGAUUGCAAGCUAAAUGUUACCCUUCCUAGUCACGUUGUAUAGUAGUCUGAAUGAUAUUUGCUUC